UUCGUGGAAUAUUUUUGAAUGCGAAUUUUUGGAUUUUUGGCGGGAAUUCUUGAAUUUUUAGGUUUUUUUUAUUUCAUUUGAGUCGUUUAGUCAUCAGUCUGACUGCAGCUGUUACAGGUUUUCGUCGAUAGUCUCAAAAAAAGGAGUUGGAAAUCAAAGUUUGUGGCGACGAUUCAGGUAGUGCGUAUCAACUCCAGGAUUUUCCAAAAAUUCAGGGGAGCCAGACGAGAUUGGGGACGAAAUUUUCGAAGGAAAAUGGCGGAAGAUAUCUCCAGACAUUAUGCGAAUCGUUUUCCGGAUUUUACGAAUGAAAAUUCAAGAGAUGUUGUCAAUACUGGGAACAAUUCACUGAGCGAAAAUUUCGAGGCAGUCCUCGAGCAGCAUAUCCACGACUUCAUUCACAGAAUGAAUAUGAAAGAGCAAGAAUGGAUUAACAGAAAUGAUUCCUCGGUUUACACCGGCAUCUCUGGAAUUGCCUACCUAUUUUUUGUGUAUGGCGAACGAUUCAACGAGCCCACAUACAUCGACAAAGCGGUGGAAUUAAUCGAGGGUGCAGGAGGAAAUAAAAAUGACAAGAAAUCGAUAACAUUUUUGACUGGGGAGGCAGGAAGACUAGCCGUGGGAGCACUGAUCCAUCAUUCCGUGGGAAAUGACGAGAAAUCCACCGAGAUAAUCACAAGAUUGAAAUCACUGUAUGAUUUUUCGGCGAUGUAUUAUUACGAUGAACUUCUUUAUGGGAGAGCUGGGUAUCUCUACAGUCUUCUGUUCGUGAAUAAAAAUAUUUCCGAGGGUUUGAUCGACGAAGAUCUGAUAAAAAAGGUAAUAAACUGCAUCCUGACGACCGGAAAGAACUACUCAGCAUCUCGUCGUCUGAAAAUUCCAUUGAUGUACAGCUGGCACGAGAAAGAAUAUCUGGGUGGUGCCCAUGGAAUCGCAGGAAUUCUCUACGUUCUUCUUCAGGCACGUGAAUAUUUGACUGACGCUCAACUGAACGACGAAAUUAAACCCUCGAUCGAUUAUCUGAUAACUCUGAGGUUUUCAUCGGGAAAUUUUCCCUCAUCCAUCGGAAAUAAAGCGGAUAGACUGGUUCACUGGUGCCAUGGAGCCCCUUCCAUGACAAUGCUCUUCACCCUUGCAUUCGAAAUUUUUAAGGAAGAAAAAUACCUGAACGUCGCUAAAAGCUGUGGGGAAAUAAUCUGGGAACGUGGAUUAUUAAAAAAAGGUUGUGGAAUCUGUCACGGCACAGCCGGCAAUGCCUACACAUUCCUGAAUCUCUACCAGCAGACACAAGACAUUAAAUAUUUGUAUCAAGCAGCAACAUUCGCUGAGUGGUGUUUCAGUUACGAGAAGUACCAGAAUCGCAUUCCAGAUCGUCCAUUCUCCCUUUUCGAAGGACUCGCGGGCAUUAUUUAUUUUUUGAUCGACCUCGCAACUCCAUCCACUGGAAAAUUCCCCGGGUACACGCUCUAAAACCCCCGACAAUCCAAAUAUUAAAGAAAUUAUUUUAUAAAAAUAUAUUUUUCUCUCAUCAAUUAUCAAAUAAUAAAACAAAGUAGUCAUACCGAUGAGCUACCGAAUUCCCGAAUGAA